GAAGUACCGGCUAUCAAUCGACGGUGAACGUCUUAUCAGUAAGCAGUGUUAAUAAAAAGCCCAAUAACAUCGGUCGGCCACGUAAAGAGCUUAGUGAACAGCCACUCGGUAAACAUGAAGCUCUCGGUAGCUGCGCUGAUAUUUACGGCACUCGCGGUCGGUGCCCUGGCCGGACCACUCGAUGGAGCGGUGUAUUCAGAUGACGAUCGGUACCAUCCGAGCUUUCCGGAGGAACCAAUCAAACCUAACGCCCGGAAUGCCCAGCAGGAGCAAACCAUCGCGUAUUGGAGAGACAACGCGAAGCGGACCGUCGAGUCGAUCGUCAACCGUAAGCAGAACAAAAACGUCGCGAAGAAUGUGAUCAUGUUCUUGGGCGAUGGCAUGUCCAUCUCGACGGUGGCCAUGGCACGAGUGUACGCCGGUGGUGAGGAAAAGUCCCUGUCGUUCGAGGAGUUCCCGUACAUCGGCAUGUCCAAGACGUACUGCGUAGACUAUCAGGUUCCGGACUCGGCGUGUACCGCUACGGCUUACCUGACCGGAGUGAAGGGUAACUACGAGACGAUCGGGGUGAACGCCAAGGUCCCCAGCUAUGAUUGCAAGGCGGAGCUGGACAAGAGUACGCACACGCACUCGAUCGCCAAGUGGGCGAUGGAUGCGGGGAAGGAUGCCGGAUUGGUGACUACGACACGGGUGACGCACGCCUCUCCAGCGGGAGUUUAUGCGCAUACAGCGAACCGGGACUGGGAAAAUGACUACAUGAUUGCCGAGGAAGGAUGUGAUCCGAAUGAGCUGGAUGAUAUUGCGGAACAGUUGGUGCACGGUGAAACCGGCAAACGGUUGAAGGUGAUUAUGGGUGGAGGUCGUCGAGAGUUCCUGGAUACCAACAUCAUGGAUGAGGAGUACAACAGCCGCGGGUACCGAAGUGAUGGAAAGAACUUGAUCCAGGAUUGGUUGGAUCUUGCGGGAUCUAGUGAAAACCGUACAUAUGUGUGGAAGAAGUCCGAUCUGAUGGCGGUUGAUCCAAAGAAGACGGACAGAUUGUUAGGACUGUUCGAGCCCGGUCACUGCGCGUACAACCUUGACCGAUUCCGGGACAACAUGAUGGAGGAACCAACGCUGGCGGAGAUGGUCGACAAGGCGACCGAUGUGUUGAGUCAAAACGAGAAAGGAUUCUUCCUGUUUGUUGAGGGAGGUCGCAUCGAUCACGGUCAUCACGACACCUGGGCCAGGUUGGCGCUGGACGAAACGGUCGAGUUCGCAAAGGCGAUCGAGCUCGCUCGGAAGAAGUUCAGCGAGGAGGACACGCUGAUCGUGGUCACGUCCGAUCACUCGCACAGUGUUAGCUACUCGGGUUACGCGUCCCGCGGAAACGACAUCUUCGGCACCGGUGGAACCGGCUCCGACGGAAUCCCGUACAUGACGAUUAGCUACGCCAACGGGCCGGGAUUUGCGACGCACGUUGACGCCGUGAACAAGGCUCGCGUUGAUCCGCGCAAGCUGGACACCUCGCCGAACGAUUUCCGCUUCCCGGCUACCCUUCCCGUUGGUUCGGAGACCCACGGCGGAGAGGACGUCGCGGUGUACGCUUCCGGUCCGUGGGCCCACCUGUUCACCGGGACGUACGAGCAGAACACCAUUCCGCACAUGAUGGCGUACGCGGCGUGUGUCGGUGAUGGGCUGAAAGCGUGCUAGAGCUUUAGUGAUUAAUCUCGAUUUUAGAAUAAAGUAUUGAUUGUUGUAGGUAAAUUUA